AUGAAGGGGAUUCGGGGACUCUCUCACUUAUCAAGGCGCUUCUAUGCUACUGCCAGAGCAGGCCCCUCUCUUGUUGAGCCUCUGGCUGGUCUCAAGCUAUCUCCUGGGGCUCCACAUUCUAUCCAGGAUGUCCAUGUUACCAGACUUCCAAGUGGACUAGUGGUCGCCUCCCUGGAAAACUACUCACCAGUUUCCAAGAUUGGUGUGUUUGUUAAGGCCGGCUGUCGUUAUGAGACGCUUGACAACCAGGGUGUUACCCAUGUUCUACGAUUGGCGGCCAACCUGACUACCAAAGGUGCUUCAGCUUUCAAGAUUUGCCGUGGUAUCGAAGCAGUUGGAGGAAAAUUGAGUGCAUCUUCAUCCAGAGAGAACAUGAUCUACACUGUUGACUGCUUGCGAGAUGAUGUCGACACAGUGAUGGAGUUUCUGAUCAAUGUGACGACUGCGCCGGAGUUUCGACCAUGGGAGGUGUCUGAUCUGACACCCAGGGUGAAGGUUGACAAGGCCCAAGCAGGAGAGAACGUUCAUAUAGCUGUGGUCGAAAGUCUCCAUGAAGCUGCUUACAAGAACGCGCUCAGCAACUCCUUGUACUGUCCUGACUACAUGGUGGGCAACGUCCAGUCGGAACAUCUGCACCAAUUUGUUCAGAAUCAUUUUACCAGUGCAAGAAUGGCUCUUGUUGGACUAGGUGUGGAUCAUGCUGUUCUGAAGCAAGUAGGAGAGCAGUUCUUUAACAUCUGCGGUGGCGCCGGAACAUCAAAUGUCCAAGCCCGGUACCGUGGCGGUGAGGUCCGCCUGCCAAGCACCAGCAGUUUGGUCCACUCUGCAGUUGUGAGCGAGACGGCAGCAUCAGGUACUGGUGAGGCUGUGGCCUUCAGCGUUCUGCAGCACCUGCUUGGAGCUGGUCCACGCAUCAAGAGGGGCUCCAGUGCUACUAGCAAACUGGUGCAAGGUGUUGCCAAGGCAACUGCUGAUCCUUUUGAUAUAAGUGCUUUCAACGCUAGCUACUCUGACUCCGGGCUUUUUGGAAUCUACAGCAUUUCUCAAGCAGGAUCGACCGACACUGUCAUCAAGGCCGCUCUCGCCGAGCUGAAUGCCGUCGCUAAUGGCGGAGUUACAGCGGCCGACCUCACAUGGGCCAAGGCAUCAUUGAAAUCUCACUUGCUGAUGUCUUUGGAGACUUCGGAAAGUCUGCUGGAAGCCAUGGGCACUCAGGCGCUAGCUAGCGGCGCCUAUCAACCUCCUGAAGAAUUUGCCAAAAAAAUUGAUAAUGUCUCCUUAACAGAUGUGGCCAAUGCUGCCAAGAAAUUUGUGUCAGGCAAGAAGACUAUGGCGUCCAGCGGAAACCUCAUCAAAACGCCCUUCGUUGAUGAGCUUUAA